AUGUGCUACCCGUCGGCCGCGGCGCAUCAGCCGCAGUCUAUCUCAGUGAUAGGCACCAACACCUUCGUCAUCGGCGUCAUCCUCUCGGUCGUCGCAGACGUGAUCAUCGCUAUCUCGCUUAACGUGCAGAAGACGGCGCACAUGCGCAACGAGGGCGCCGACGGCAAGCCAGUCAAGAGCAUGCUCAAGUUGCCGCUCUGGUGGCUCGGCCUCCUGCUGAACGUCGGAGGCGAGCUGGGAAACAUGCUGGCCUACGGCUUCGCGCCCGCCUCGGUCGUCGCGCCAGUCGGGUCGGUGGGCGUGGUCGCCAACGAGGUGAUCGCCGUCGUCUUCCUAAAGGAGCCGUUCCGCUGGCGAGACGCCGCCGGCCUGGUUGCAAUCGUCGCGGGCGUGGUGCUCAUCAUCUUUGGCGUGCCCGAGGACCCUGUCGAGCUCAACGCCGUCGUCCUUCAGGACGAGUAUUACUCGGAUCCCGUCGCGUACUCGUACCUGAUCGGGCUGAGCUGCGCGGUCCGCACAGUGCCCUCUCUCCCGCUCCUUCUCUGCUCGAUGAUCUCCUCCAUGACGGUCAUCGCCGCGCGCGGCUUCGCUUCCCUGCUGCCGCAGUUUGCUGCUGGCGACUGCGCCCACGCGCACUGCGUGGCCGAAGAGCUCUUCCCGCCGUGCCGCCUCACGGUCCUCCUCGUCAUCAUCAUCAUCACCGCCGUCUGGAGUGCCGUCUACCUCAACAAGGCGAUGAUGAUCUUCGGCAACACCGAAGUGGUCCCGGUCUACUACUGCACCUUUACCCUCAUCUCCAUCGUCGGCGGCGGGGUUGUCUACCGCGUCCUGGCGAUCACCUCGGGCAGAAAGCAGCGCCACGGCGCAGAGGGCGGCGAGGAGAAGGAGGUGCCGUUCCGUCUCCUCUCGGCGGAGGAGAAGGCGCUCGAGUUGCGGCGACAGCGCCGCUCCUCCGCCGCUCCCGUCGCCGGCCCCUUCGCAGCCCACUCCUCCUUCCGGCGGGACGACCGCAUCCACACAGACUUCCGCGCGCACGUGCUCGACACUGCGAGCGAGAUGGCGGCGGGGGAGCACCUCGCCGCAGCCUACCGGCUCCGCGAUUCGGUCGGCGCCAACGCCACGCUCGCCGCGGGCCUGCGCCGCUUCUCGCACGCCGCGGGCAAGGCGCCGGGCGGCGGCGCCUUCUGCCGCACCUCUUCCGCCGCGGCGCCCUGCGGGGCUCUCCGGCCCGCCGCGGCGAGCGCAAAGCUUCGCUCGGCGCAGGGAGCGCCCUUGACGAUGGGUCACGCCCCUGGGAGCCGGGGUGGACCCUUUUCCUCGGCCGUCGGAGCUCGCGGCGCCCGAGGACGACGCGCCGCACGGCCGGCGUUCCGUGCCGUCCGGUCGGCGCAACCCCUCCCGAUGCUGGUCGCCUCCCCGGAGAUCUGCUCGCCCACGCCGCGAGACGAGUCAAAGCGCCGGGCGCAGUACCCCGGCUCCGGGCAUAGCACCGCCUCGGACGCCUCGUCCGCGCCGCCCUUCACGGCGUCUGACAUUCUCGGCCUGUUCAUCCAAGUCACCUCCUCCCACCCCGCGCGCGGCACGGGGCUCGCCGUGCGCCACACGCUGCGCCACGACGUUCACCGCGGCUGGAGCUCGCGCCUCGACCUUGCGUCAGCUCACCCGCUGCGGGGAGGGGACGGCGGCGACGAGUGCGGCGCCCUCGUCGCUGGCUCGCCGCAGCGCCGAGGUGUGCUGCACGCCGCAGCGCCUGCCACCGAGCCGUCGCGCCGCCUCUCUCUGCUCGCAGAGGUGAGUGAGGGGCCGUGGGAAGCGUCGGGGCGGGCCAGCUCGGCCAAAGACUCGAGCAGGCCAGCACGGGACGCGCGCGACGCUCCCGAACCCCCGAUUGCCCGUGUUGCGACCUCCUUCACCAACCCGGCCGCCGAGUCUCCGCCCUCGCUUGGCGGCGCCGCUGCCAAGCCAGUGGCGGUCAGAGCAGCGCCAUCGCUUGAUGCAGCGUUGGGCUCGCCCUUCGGCACACCGCUCCCGUCCCCGAUCGAGCGAUGCAGUGUGACGGCCCAGGCCGUCUCUAGCAACAUCUGA